AUGGUGCUCAUGGCCGACUGGUGCAACGUGUGGGCAGGAAUCACCUUGGUCAUCUCCUUCUCGCUCAUCACAGGUGCGUUUACAUUCAACUGGUUCAAGAUGGCCGGCACCGUCCACACAGUCAUGCAGGUGACAAUGUGUGCCGAGGGUGUCCUUUGGGCCGUGGCUGCCGGAUUCUUGACGAAGAUCAACAUGAUUGUGAACAACGCCGCAGUGGCUGUUGGUCAGACGAUCAUUUGCUUCGGCGGCAUCUUCUUUGCCGUAUCCGGCUUGUACGAUGGUGUCCCGGGGAAAAUCAUCAGCAUCCACUAUGUCUUGGCGCCUGACACUCACGCGCUUUUUGCUGAUGCUUGCCCCUACUAUGGCAUCACAUGUUUUAUGGUUGCCACUUCUAUGGGCUUGAACGGCGUGUGGGGCCUUCCGAAGAACAAGUUUGUGAGCCCCUUCUGGGCUGUGGCAUGCUUCUUCAUCGGUGCCUGGACCAUUGGGGUCAUCGGCUUGUGGGGCCCGACGCUGUUGGAUGGUUUCGUGAGGUACGAAGACUUCGAGGCGCCCACGGACCUUUACAACCAGAAGACGUUUGCUUGGUCCUGGAUCCAUAUCUUCCAGGUCAUUGGAGCCAUCUUCCUGACUCUAGGCGGCAUCAUUUUCGGUAUGAUGGACAACAUCUUCUUCAUGGGCCCGAACAGCCGGGGGCUGGAGGAAAGCGAUGACGACCUCGAGAGCAGCGACAAUUGUGCCUGA